GUGAGUGACUGGAGAGUUGGUGCUUCACAUGCCGAAAUCAUCGUCCAAUAAUUGCGAUAACACAACAGCCCGAUAAAUUGCCGUUUGUCGAGUGCAUUUUGUUUUCGUAGAAAUUCAAUUAAAUUAAAUUUGUUUUAUAAAUAACAGACGGGAACCAGUUACGGGAUACUGUGUGAAAUGUGUCGUUUGUGGUGUAUGUGAGGUGUUCGAGAUGACUGCCCUUCACUUCGGCCGCGUGCUUUUAGGUUUUGUUUUGGUUUUUGUUGCUAUAACACAAAAAUGUUUAGGCCGGAAACUGCAUAUAGGGUUAUUUUUGGACGAAGACGACUUAGACAAUCAAACAAAAUCUAUAGCACUACAAAGUGCAAUGUACAGAAUAAAACUGGUUUCCCAAUAUCGCAUAGAGCCACACUAUUAUUAUUUAAAAAGUACUGAUUACUUUAAAACUGAGGAAAAAGCGUGUAAGUUAUUAAAGCAAGGUGUGGCAGCAAUUUUUGGUCCUGAAUCACCCGAACUAAACGACGUAAUUCAAUCCAUUUCGACAGCAUUGGAGAUUCCCCAUUUCCAGACUCUUUGGAACCCUAAGUCCGGCCCACCCACAGAAAAAUUCGGUCAAAUAUUUAAUAUGUUUCCUAGUGCAAAUACUCUGGCACAGGCUGUAGCCACUCUUAUACGGGAGAGCGAUUGGAAAACGUAUACGAUUGUAUACGAAGACGAGACUGGAUUAAUAAGACUUCAGGAAGCUUUAACUAAAAGGGAACCGCUGGAUCCGAUUAUAUCGUACAGGAAAUUGGGACCAGGACCUGACCACAGAUCCAUACUAAAAGAAAUUAAAAACUCUGGGGAGUCUCAAAUAAUUUUGGAUUGUAAGAUUGACAAUAUAAUAAAUAUAUUGAAGCAAGCUAAGGAAGUUAACUUACUUGAAGAGUAUCAUAGUUAUAUACUAACGAACUUGGAUGCACACACACUGAACUGGAAGGAAUUUGAAAACAUUCGAACUAACAUUACGGCCAUUAGGCUCAUAGAUCCAAAUAGUAGUGGUAUAAAAGAUGUAAUACGCGAUUGGCACCUUACUGAAGAAAACCAACAGUACACAAAAUAUGAAAUUGGUGCAGAAUCUGUGAGAGUAAAAACGGCUCUUUUAUUCGACGCCAUAAACUUAUUUAUCAACUCCUUUGCUGCCAUGGAAGAAAUAGGGGAAAAGUUGCCAGUAAAACAACUAAGCUGCAAUAGAUACGACAUCGCGUCCCACGGCAACGAUUUGUCAGCGUUUAUUCACAGGGAAUGUAGUAACAAUUUAACUGAAAAUCCAAUGUUGGACCUCAAGAUGUGUAGAAACAUUAAUGUUACCAAUAAUAUUUUUGCAAUCCCUUCUUAUCCGAGAAAAGAACGUUUACCGGGACCUCUCUCAGGACUUUUGCAAUUCGAUGAAUAUGGGCAAAGGAAUUAUUACCAAUUGCAGAUAAUAGAAUUGGUAAAUUCUGGAUUUAGGGUAACGAGUACAUGGAAUCCAGAUGUUCCAGAUAAGUUAUAUGAAACUGUAACCACCGAAGAAAGAGAAAAGGAAUAUGAAAAACAACUUACACAAAAAAACUUUAGAGUUGUAUCCAGGCUUGGUGCUCCAUAUUUAAUAAGAGUUCCUAAACCGCCAGGAAAAUUGUUACGUGGUAACGACAGGUUUGAGGGUUAUGCUGUAGACUUAAUGCAUAAAAUAUGCGGGUAUCUAAACUGUAGCUUUACUUUUGAAGUUGUAGAAGAUGGCUCUUAUGGAAACUACAACCCAGAAAAGAAAGAAUGGAAUGGAUUGAUAAGACAACUUUUAGAUAGGAAAGCUGAUCUGGCUGUUUGCGACUUAACCAUCACUUACGAGCGCCGUAAGGCAGUCGACUUUACAAUGCCGUUCAUGACACUAGGUAUUAGUAUUCUGUACGCAAAAACUGUUAAGGAACCGCAGGAGCUUUUAUCUUUCACCAAUCCCUUAUCUCUUGACGUUUGGCUGUACAUGGCCACUGCUUACAUUGUGAUGUCCAUGCUGAUAUUUUUGGUUGCCAGGUUAAACCCAAACGACUGGGAGAAUCCGCAUCCAUGUGACCCCUGUCCGCAGGAACUUGAAAAUAUUUGGGACAUUAAAAAUUGCUGCUGGCUAACUCUUGGCUCCAUUAUGAAUCAAGGUUGCGAUAUUAUGCCAAAGGGCAUAUCGACAAGGAUGGUGGCGGGAAUGUGGUGGUUUUUCUCCCUCAUUAUGACCGCUUGUUACACUGCCAACCUGGCUGCCUUUUUAACCAUGGAAAGAAUGGGUCCAACGAUCGAGAGUGCGGAGGAUCUAGCAGGCCAAACUAAAAUUAAAUAUGGAUGCUUAUCGGGUGGAGCGACAUAUUCUUUUUUCAGAGACUCGAAUUUUUCAACGUAUCAUCGAAUGUUUGUACAAAUGGAGUCCGCAGAUCCAAGCGUUUUUGAAAAAGAUAACAAGGAUGGCGUUAAAAGGGUGUUAACCAGUAAUAGAAAAUACGCAUUUUUAAUGGAAAGUUCCUCAAUAGAAUACGAAAUGGAAAGAAACUGUGAUCUUAUUCAAGUAGGAGGUUUGUUGGAUUCGAAAGGGUAUGGAAUAGCUAUGCCAACGAAUGCUCAGUAUAGAAAGCAAAUAAAUGAAGCCAUUUUAAAAAUGCAAGAAAGUGGUACCUUAACACAACUUAAAGAUAAAUGGUGGAAGGAAAUGCAUGGAGGAGGACAAUGCAAAGAAGACAAACAUUCUUCGGAAGCCACUGCAACGGAGCUCGGUCUGGACCACGUGGGUGGCGUGUUCGUCGUACUUAUCGGCGGCGUCUUCGUGGCCCUCUCGAUCGCCGUCUGCGAGUUUCUCUGGAAUGUCAGGAAGAUAGCCGUCGACGGACAAAUGACCUUAAAAGAUGCUUUCGACAGUGAAUUAAAAUUCGCCAUGGAUAUUUGGGCACGAAAAAAAGCUUCAAAACCUACAUCGCAAACUGUGAGCUUGGAAAAGUUAUCCAACAAGAUAAAAUAAAUAAAAAAUGUAUCUAUUUGUUUAAAAAUAAAUAUUUUUG